CUAACCGGAAAUAGCCUCCUUUCGCGGGGCUUGACGCCGUUAAAAUAAAUGCGGAAGUUUGUCUAAAAACUGAAGUCCGUUUCGCAGCCGAAAGAGCAACAAAGCGAAGAGACGAGUUGAGCUCGCAGCUGGAAAACUUUUCUGAGGAACCGGAAGGAACCGGAGCCCUGCAUCAUGUCAGAAGUUUACUCCGCAACGACGGCCCCCAACCCACAAACAUCGUGUUUCGUCAUCCCGCCGGAGCUCAGGGAGAAGGUCCGCUAUGGGAUCAAAGCCGUCCAAGUGCUUCUGUCCUUUGUGGCCUUCGUACUGGAGGAGACGGUCCUCAGAUGCCUCAGCUGCUUCGCUCUCUACUUCUUUGAGUUUGUGAGCUGUACGGCCUUCCUCUUCACCCUGCUGCUCCUCAUCCUCCUCAUCACCACCCUGAAGGAUCAGGUGGGCAUCAGCUGCUGGCCCCAGCUGGACUUUGUGUACACCGGAGUCAUCGCGGCGACGUUCUUGGUCUCCUCCGCCGUCUUUGCCUUCAGCCACAGUGACUCCACUGCAGAGAAAAGUGCUGUCGCGUUCGGGUUCUUGGCGUCGCUGAUGUUCGUCGUCGACAUCGUCCUCUUCUGGAGGAAAAACGGUUUUCCUUUCCGUGGGAACGGGAAGUCUGAGCCUGUGCCCACCACCGCCCCCGACGCCAACGAAGCAGGAACGGAAGCCAACCAGGAGAGGGAGAAGCUCAACGUGCAGACAAGCAAUUAAAUCCAAAUCGACACAGACCAUUUCACGCACUAUCGCUUUAAGGCGUGGACAGGAGGCGGAGCUUCGGCAACCUGGUGUCCAUUUUUAAAGUUCAUUCGUUCCCUUUUUAUCAGUCUGUAGUCGUCAUUCCCCACAGCCGAGGUCCUCAAUAGAAUCAAUCUGUCAAUCGUGGCACAGAGCUGCUGCGGUUUGUUCUUAAAGAGACAGUACGCAGUUCUUUAAGAACAUGGAACCCCUCGAGUUAUGGAUUCAUUCAUUGUGGUUUCUUUUUAUUUAUGGAUUCAUUGUAUUUUUUAUUUUUUUUAACUAUCAGGAAAUGUUUAACGCUUUUUAACCAAAAAUUAUUACAAAUACAGAAUCAUUGAUUAAAACUGUAAUUUGUUUUCAACCCUUAUUGUCCUUAAAUCUAUGAGAAAGUGGAUCAUGUUUCUCGGUUUGGACCCUGAACGCCUCACAAAGUUUAGACGUGUCAAAAAAUGAUGGAAGUUCAUUCAGAAAAUACGGUUUUAUUAAUUUGAAAAGAAUCUAAUCAGUUUUAUUCCAAACUCUUUAUUUCCUUUACAUUUAAUAUGAAAAUGUGUCUUAUCAUUGAGUGACAUCACUUCCUGUUUGCCUCUACAUCAUUUCUUGUUUCCUUUUUGGAUCAUUUC